AUGAUAUUCUACUAUAUGCUUAUGCUGUUACCUGUCUAUUGUGGUGCUUGCAGUAGUGUAAGCUCUCACUUAUGGAAAGAGUACUUCACUCAGGGAAUUCAAACGUACUGCGAAAAGAUGACAGGCUCGCCACCAAAAAUGAAGUUCGAGGAGUCAUUGAUAAGUUCAAUUCAAAACUUCGUGUACUAUGGGAAAAGAGGUAAUUCAAGUGUUGUUCGCAUCUUCAAAGUAGCAAAUAGGUAUGGGUGUCAGUACAUGAGAAAGUUAGUAAAUUCAAUGAUCGAGAACAUCGUUAGUAAUAAUGACGAUAGCCCACAAAAAACAUGUCAGAUGUUUGACGAGAGAAAAAACUUUUUUUGCACACCGCACUAUGAACCAUAUGUUGCUUGGGGAGACUAUUAUAUAAAGCCUGUAGUAUUUUGCUCGUUUAGCGUUCGCUAACACGGCUACGCAUCUUCGUCUUCAUUUUGUUCGUUCAAGUUGGACACUUUACAUUUUCUCGGGAUAAACAAGCUAUUAGCAUAAGCUUACGUUAUCCUGUCUGAACAAAGUCUGCAC